CUUAUGCCAUCCAUAAAAAUAAUGUGUGGAUUAUUAUUAACUCCAUUUUUUUCGUAAUUUUUCAGAAGAAAAAGGAUUGUAACAUGAAACUCUAAAACACUGUUGACUUUAAUCUAUUUGUAUUAUAAAAUUGUGCUUAGUUAUGCUGAAUCGUAGCUGUUUCCAAAGCAACUUGCUUUAGAUAUUCUAACAUAGCCUUUAAAAACAGGUAAGCAUCGAGUCUUUAAACUCUCCUAAAACCCGUUGAAUCAGUCCCACACAUUAUUUUUUACUCUCUACGUAAAUGUUUAUAUAAAGCUUCGAUCGUAAUCAAUUAGUUCUCUAAUAGUCACAACAAUGGGGUCUGAAGAUGGAAUCUUGAUGAGAAGAAACGAAGUAGACGAGAACGUCGCGUUGAUCUUUGGCGUCACCGGACUCGUUGGUCGAGAGAUUGUAAAGAGGCUAUUAACGUCUAAACCAAGAUGGAGAAUCUACGGCGUAGCGCGAAACCCGGAGAUCAGUUCAUUGACGAAGAUGUACAAUUUCAUCUCAUGUGAUCUGCUUAACACAUCUGAGACUAAACAGAGAUUGUCUCCAUUACAAGACAUCGUGACUUACGUGUUCUGGGUCACGUGGUCUGGUGAGUAUCCAUUGGAUAGCGACAAGUGCUGCCUUCAGAACAAGAUGAUGCUUACAAACGCUUUGGACGCGAUUCUACCAAACGCUACGAGGUUAAAGCACUUCUCGCUUCAAACGGGGAUGAAGCAUUACGUGUCUCUUGUCGGAGAAGGUUCGAGUUUGUGUUAUUACAGCGAGGAGUGUCCGAGGAAGAGUUCUGGGAGAAAUUUCUAUUAUGUUUUGGAGGAUUUGUUGAAGGAGAAGAUCACUGGUAAUUCGGUUGUUUGGUCGGUUCAUAGACCCGGUUUGCUAAUGGGAAGCUCUACAAGGACUCUGUACAAUUUCAUGGGAAGUCUUUGUGUUUAUGGUGCCAUGUGUAAGUAUUUGAAUCUUCCUUUUGUGUUUGGAGGGACAAGAGAAUGUUGGGAGGAGAGUUACAUUGAUGGGUCUGAUUCCAACUUAGUCGCGGAACAGCAUAUAUUCGCUGCAGCGAGUGGGAGAGUGCGAGCGAAAGGUGAAGCCUUUAACGCCAUUAAUGGGGUAGGUUUCACUUGGAAGGAGAUUUGGCCUGAAAUCGGGAAGAAACUUGGAGUGCAAGUUAAUGAAACUACGAUGUUUGAUGAAGGUUUCUUGUUUGAUAAAGAGAUGGGUAAGAGAAAGCAUGUGUGGGAUGAGAUUGUGGCUAAGGAGAAGCUUGUUCGGACAGAGAUUGAUGAUUUGGCGAACUGGGUUUUCAUGGAUUUGCUGUUCAGAUUUCCGUCUAAGCUUCUUGGGAAGAGAGAGAAGGUGGACAAGUUUGGGUUUAAGAGGAGAUAUAGAACCCUGGAUUCUAUUUUGUAUUGGAUUGAUGUGAUGAGAGAUGAAAAACUCAUUCCUAUGUAACACAUGCGGCUAUUGUUGUGACUGCUAGGUUUGAUUAGCAAUGUAAAUCACUGUAUGUAUUUGAUCACCAAUGCUCCCUCCCUUAUAUCAC